ACCUGCAGUGCCUGUUGUUGACAGGCCUGAGUCGAGCACGCGAACAACGACGCCUGCAUUGGCUACUUCAGUUGCCGGCAAGAAGGCCCCCACACCAGGAACCGAUGCAAGCUUGUUCCAGGGGAAAGAGUGAGACGGCACAUGUCGAACUGCGAAAGAAAAACAAGGUUUGGAUCUGGUGUGAGCAGGGACAGGAGGUAGGUACUUCGAAAGGGAGGGGGGAGUACUGGGUCAGGUGCAGGUUGUGCUCAACAAUCUGGAGGGGGUUGGCAAAUAAGGCUACGGAGCAUUUCUUGAAGCCGAUGAAUCCGUGUGCACUGCGGACAGGUGAGGUAGUCCACAGUUUGGUUUCUGCCGGUGCUAAGGUGCAGCCAAGCGACAAGAAUACAAAGUACUUGCUGCGGAAUUACAAGGGAGGUGAGGUGGAAUCAGAUGUAGUUCGUUGUCGUGCAUCGUGUGGAGAGGAAGGCUUGGAAGAUCCGCAGACAGACGAGCCCCAGCCACCACCUGUUGCAGGGUGGGCAGUUGCUGGCAUUGCAAAAGUGGUUGUUGCUGCACUUGGCGAGGCUGUAGGGGGUGGAGGUGCAGCGGAGGGUGGAGGCGGUGACGAAGGGCAAGGGUUGACAGCGCGAAGGACUGCCUUGAGACAGACCACUGUGCAACGGUGGGUGGACAGUGCGGCGCAGAAGAAGCUGGACAGGGUGGAGGCCAUGUUCAGGGCUGGUAUCGCGUUCGAUUUCUUGAACAUGGACACGACUCAGACAUUGCAUGCCGUGUACCUGGAGAUCGCCAACUCGAGGCCGAAGGUGAAGCUCCCUUCGUACAACUACAUGAGGACGAUCAUGUUGGACAUCAUCUACAUGACGAUCCAAAGGGAGGUGAACCUGUUGACGGCCUGCUGGGACUUGACUGGAUGCAUGUUCAUCACCGAUGGGUCAACUGACCACUGGAAUCGGCCAGCGACGGACUUCUUGGCGGCGGGGGAGCAACGGGCAGUGCUCGUGGCGACGGUGACAAUGAGUGUGCGGUUCGGAUUCGUGUAUCAGAUGCUCCAGCGGCUAGCAGACAUAGAGGAUGUUCUUAUCGAGAUGGUGGAUGGGAGGUCAGCUGGAAAGUGGAGAGCGUUGAGAUGGUCAGGGGAGAAGUUGCACAGGAGAGCCGACCUCAUGUACUACACAGUGAGGUCCGAGUUUUGGUGGCCGCAAGUGAGGAAGAUUGUGUCGAUCAUGCACCGAAUCUUCCAGUUGCUGAAGAGGAUGGAUGCAGAAGGCACGCCUCCCACCAAUCUUGUUGAGUACGCUGACAUGAUUGGGCGGAAGUUGACGAACGUGGUGUUGACGAAGAAGGAGCGGGAGGAUGUCAUGGACAAGGUGCAUGACCACGUGCAAAUGAUGAGGCAGCCAGUUCAUGCAGCUGCAUUCGUUCUUGAUCCAUGGAGGAGGAACGAACAUUGGCUCUUCGAUCAGAAUAAUGUAGUGACGCAAAAUGCAAUGCGCUUCUUCUUAGGCAGAUCGAGGCAGAACGAUGGGUCGACGCUGGUGGGCAAUGCUGAGGAUGUUGUUGAGAAAGAGGAUGAGGAUGCUGCUGAGACAGUGGAUGAGGAGAUGAGGCAAAGGAACAUGGCGAAGGCUCGAAAAGGCAGGAUCCCCCAAAACCUAGACGAUUCCCACAUGAGUGACAGCAGCGACCUCGAGGAUAUCGUGUGGAAAGGGAAGUGUUGGAAUGAGUCAUUGAAGGAUUGCAGCGAGGAUGAGGACUCCGAUUUCGAGCUCAGUGUGGUGCCCGCAGUCCCAGCGACCACAUAUGUUGGUAGGCGAACACGACGACAAGACAGGGAUCUCGAGGUCAAGCCGGCGCCGGUUGUUGAAAGAGUGGACACAGACGUAGAGUUUUUUCUGCACCACCACGACGACCCGGACGAGGAAGAGGCCACACGUGCAAAGGAAAUGGCUGACAGGGAUCGUGAACUUGUGGACAGGCGAGUCGCCGAGGAGGCCUGUUGUGCAGCGAUCCUUACCCGCAGGGAGAGAGCGAGGUGUGCUGCACAACAGGAAAAGCGCGCGGGCGAGGCCUUGAAGGAUGUGGACGGGGAUGUCGACCCUGCCAUGGAGAAGGGGGAGCAGCAGCAAGAGGAGCCCGCGGACGCAGAGGAAGAGCAGCAUGCAGCAGGUGCGGUGUACAUGCGCAGGCCCCGCCCAUGGGUGGAGCCACAAGUGGGAGCAGAGGAAGAGACCACCAACCAGCAUGUUGCAAUUAGCGAGCGGGUGCAGGAGCAGCAGGAUGAGCACCAGGCCGCAGAGAACAUCGCCACACCCCCGUUCCCAGAAAUGAACGAUGCUCUCCACCAUCACAACCUGUGGAAGAGCAGGGCAGGGAGGAAGAGGAAGGCAGCCGUGGAGGAGUCCCCAAAAGCGCCUCAACGCGGCACUAGAAGGCCCAAAAAAAAAAAGGCAGUCGAAAAGACUCCGCCGCAGCUCGGACGCCGCAAGACUAUGGCUCGCAAGAAGCCUAUCAUCAGUGAUGAUGACCUGGAUAGCGAUGCCAGUCCCCCGCAGUCAUCCGAUGGGGGGAUCGACACAUGUAAGUCCGAUUAAGGGAUCAAGGGACAGAAGUCACAAAAUGUGUGUGUGUGUGUGUGUGUGUGUGUGUGUGUGUGUGUGUGUGUGUGUGUGUGAGAGAGAGAGAGAGAGAGAGAGAGAGAGAGAGAGAAAACUUCAUAAAAGGGGGAUAUAACUAGCUUCAACAAUAACAUUUGAAAAAGGAUAUAUGAUAUAUCUACUUAUUGCUGGUGAACCAGAUAUUAUCAUCAAGCUAUUAUUAUUAUUAUUUAAUAAUAAUAAAUAUUAUUAUUUAAU